GUACGUCCGCUGCUCUGCACGAUAUCAACGGCUUGUUCUACGGCGGUGGGUCGCUCAUCAGAUGCUGUUCAGAACGGAUUUGUACUGCUAACGGAUUUGACCGUCCACCAUCUCUUCUUUGAUAACUCUGCACUUGCCUCUGCCGGGGCUCUGCUUGCACGUACCAGGAUCCAUGCUGCAGGUCCCUUGCUCCCAUAAGGAUGAUAUAAAUCAGCAGGAGCUUUGGUCGUGGAAAAAGGGACAUAUUGCUUCACGGUCAAUGCCGAGUCCUCCUCCGUGAGGGAACCAGCUUUCUUCGAUAUGUAUAGCUGACUCAGCGCUCGAAUACAAGACCGUGAGUCAGAUCAAGACCUUGAAAAAUGAAUUGGUGAGAACAACGGAGCCAGAGAGGAAAAAUAUGAGCCAGUUUUUAACUUUUACUGAACUCUACCUUCAAAUAUUUCAAUGAAUGGAGGCAUGAGAUUGGAGGGUAAAUCUAACGGUGGUGUCAUCUGCAAAAAGAGGGAUUUGAUAAUCUGACGACAGAGAGUGCUGCUGCAACGGCUGGUGCUCGGAGUCAACAUGCAGAUGAUUUCACUCCUCCCUUUCCUUCCACCUUCUUUGCUCAGCAUCUUUAUUUAACAUUUGUACCAUUUUGGUGAUCUUGCGGCGAACUGGAAGUCAUCUGGACGUAUUGGUGGAACUGGACUAAAGGAUUGCCCUUUUUACUGGAUUCUGCAACCGCUGAGAUUUCUACCUCUGGAAAUUCUAAUGGGUGUAUGCGCUUGUCUGAUUGUGAGUGUGUGUAUGUGUGUUAGUUGUGUGUGGAUGUGAUUUGAAUGCCUUGAUGUGUUCGUAACUAUUUCUGUGUUCUUGCGGUUGUGGUUUACUUUUUUCCCAAUGUCUGGCAUUACUGGCCAGUGUUUCGCCUUGUGCUGUCCAUGUCUGCCGAGCACCCGGCCUUGGGGUUAACCCUUACCGUGCCACAGGCGAGAUGAGUGACAGCUCUGGAACAGAGAACAACUCGGGGGCUAUGGUACUGGAGGAGCCUGAUGGGAGAGGUGGCUCCGGUGGACGUGAACAAGCCCAGGCCCCUGCUCGUGGUGGCAUUUUAAGGUGCGGGAGCUGUGCCCUUUGGCCCCGCCAACAGACUUGGCUCUGCGUGGUUCCACUUAUCAUUGGCUUCAUAGGCCUAGGGCUGAGUCUGAUGCUGCUGAAAUGGAUCGUAGUGGGUUCUGUGCGGGACUACGUGCCUACUGACUUGGUGGAUGCCAAGGGUAUUGGCCAGGACCCCAUAUUUCUGUCCAAACCUAGCACUUUUCCUAAGGGAUCUGACACCACCACCACCACCACAACCACAAUUGGAGGGGUCAGCUCGGUCAGCCCCACCGUCACCACUGUGGUGCGGAGCAGGACUCGAACAGGAACUCCUCCCAAUGUUCCCCCAAGAGGUGGUGGUGCAUCCGGCAGCCAGGUGACACAGAAAAGCCCGUCUACGCGCUUUGUCACACGUAAUCCCACCUUUAUGACCACCGUGGCCUCUACCACAACGUCUACGGUCCAAACGUCCACCUCCAGCCCCUCUCCCUCCAACCCUGCCGUUCUAAACGACUCCACCCAAAUGUGGACCAGAGAGCAGUCAUCCACUGAAAGGCACGUGACCACACCUGGUCGAACCCACGUCAGCCGCAAAACACCAUCACCAACUCUACCGCCUUUGAAAUCGGAGCAUUUCAAGCCGUGUCAGGAGAAAGACCUGGCCUAUUGCCUGAAUGACGGGGAGUGCUUUGUCAUCGAGACCCUGAGCGGCCCACACAAACACUGCAGGUGUAAAGAGGGUUUUCAGGGCAUUCGUUGUGACCAGUUCCUGCCCAAGACUGAUUCCAUCCUGUCUGAUCCAAUGGAUCACUUGGGCAUUGAGUUCAUGGAGAGCAAGGAGGUGUACAAAAGACAAGUGAUGUCUAUCACAUGUAUUGCCAUGGGGAUCAGCUUUCUAGGCACCCUCUGCAUGGCUCUCUACUAUCGGAACAAGAGAAGAAGGGAAAAGCUCCAGGCACACUUGAAAGAGAGCCGUAGCCAGAAAAACUACAACCUCACCUCAUGCAGCCUGGCCCCUAAACCCAGCCUUAGGCCUCAGCAAGGCCUGCAGCUCCAGAAAUAUUAUAAACCCACAAGGUCCUCGCCACCACAUGUUCGAGAGUCUAGUUUCGUUCAGAGCACUGCUGCCGCUACCAAUCCACAGUGCACAUUAACAGGAAAACACCCCAG